AGUUGUCCGAUUGCUGCAAGAGAGCAAAGCUGGUAAUAGUUAAUAAGCUUAGUGUCAUACCCACUCACCAGCAUAUGCUGAUAGACAACUUCACGUAGAAUUGAAGUUUUGUUGAGUAAAACUACAAUGCCCAUCUUUCGAAACACCAAUAGCCGGAAAUUGUUUUAUUUCCUGUCUCCUAUAUUAUACGUCAACGGAAGUGCGACUUCGCGAAUAUUGCGGCAUUGCUGGUUGCUGGCGCCACCACCACCGAUCACCAUGCCUGCUCUGCUGGAGAGACCCAAACUGUCUAACGCCAUGGCGAGAGCCCUCCACAAGCAUAUCAUGAGAGAGAGGGAGCGCCGGAGGCAGGAGGAAGAAGAGGUGGACAAAAUGAUGGAGCAAAAGAUGAAAGAGGAGGAAGAAAGAAAGAGGAAAAAAGAGAUGGAGGAGCGGAUGUCCCUGGAGGAGACUAAAGAACAGAUCAUGAAGAUGGGCGGCAAGCUGCAGGGCUUACAAGAGGAGAAGCACCAGCUCUUCCUUCAGCUGAAGAAAGUGCUUCAUGAGGAGGAGAAGCGACGCAGGAAAGAACAGAGCGACAUGCCCACUCUGACCUCUGCCAGCUACCAGACCAGCAUGCCCAUUCACUCAGGGCAGCAUCUGCUCAGCAUGCAAGGCAGUCCGGUCAGUCAUGGCCGCACGGGGGUGUUGCUGGGGGAUCGUAGUAAGCAGCUGUUCCAGGCGCCCGUGAUCCCGGUGCGUCAUUUCCAGGGCCAGCCGGCCUUCAGCACAGGAAGCUCAGAGCACGGCCAGUACUCUGCCAGCCAAUCGGCUCACGGGCCCUACGGCGUCAGCCAACAGCAACACGCCUCCCCUUAUGCGGCCGCCCAGUCUGUGCCAGUCAGUUUUGCUAGCAGCUCGCAGCUCAGAGGUGGCCCGGCUUUCCAGACCAUGCAGUACCUGCCCCACCAGCAGCAAGGCUACGCCGUUCACAGCCACUUCGCCUCUCAGACAGGGUUUAUCCCCAGUGCCAGCAUCCCCUUGCAGAAGCAGCUAGAACAUGCCAACCAGCAGUCCGGCUUCACUGAUUCGGGCACCCUGAGGCCCCUCCCCACCCAGGCCCUCCACACCGGCCCUGCUGGCCUCCUGGCUCCCGCCUCCCUCGCUGUGCAGAUCCCUCCCUCCAAGUCAGGGCUCCCGUAUGGUCACCCCCCCCAGCCCGCCUCUCCUGGGGGCUUCAGUCACAGCACCUCCCCUCAGCAAGCCCACGCGGCGAUGAAGACUCCGAGCCGCCUCGCGUCCUGUGACGGUCCUGUUUUUGCGUUCUUCUGCAGACCACGUUCCAGAGCUCCCCCCAGCCCGCAUCUCGCCAUGCUUAUCUCUCGCACCCGCAGACGGCGCCCAGGUUCUACCACCACGGCAAGUAGCCACCGGUCCAGAUGGGCGGCCUUCCUGUCAGACGGGAUGAUGUUGCCGGCGUCCUGCGGAUAGACGGCUGGAAAGAUUGGUCAGACUGUCUGCGAGUGUGAGGGAGAAGCAUCAGGAUUUGUGACUCUUCUCUGUCCUACUGCAUGAUCUGCCUUCGUCAUUCUCCAUAGGUGACUCACAGUCACUGUCAUAUGCUUAAAAUAUGACCUGACAUAUUACCUAGGUUUACUGCACUUGCUCAUUCCACGCUUGAAUGGCAAGUCUCCUUUUCAAAACCGUCAAUAAAUACAUUUCAUUUGGUCA